AUGAUCCUCCUCACUCACAACAUGCUCGCCUCACCCAUGAAGGAAGCUUCGAAGCAGCUGCACCUUAAGAUAGAGUGCGAAGAGAAGGUAGAAAAGGAGCAGGAGUACAACGCGGAUUUCCUCAACAGAAUGAUUGAGAGGAUCGAUUGGAACUCCUUCUGCGCUGCGGCUCAAUCGCUGGACGUUGGAAACGGUUUGCCUGAAUCGAAGGAGCAAGUAGACAGCUCGAAUGAGGAGCAGAUGAAGAAGAUACAUCACGCUCUCAUGGAAGUCGAUGUAGUGAAAGGGAGCCUCGUGUGCACAGAGACAGGACGAAAGUUUCCGAUUGCAGCUGGCAUACCAAACAUGCUCUUGAACCAAGACGAGUUGUAA